GAAUUUCCAGCCACCUUCUUUCCCACCUCCCCGCAGCUUCUCAACCAAAUCCAUACGCUGAACCCAAUGCACUUAUAAAGUUUUCUAAACCAAUUUACAGACUAAUAUAAUUUACUAUCGUGAGGGAGAAUUGAAAAAAAGAUCAUCAGAUCGAUGGCAGAUUGGAUGUCGUCAUGCAUAGGAGAAUUUGUUGCAGACAUUGACAUGGCAAUGGCGGCGGAGCAGCUGAUGCAGCUCAGCGGAGAGGACGAUGGAGCCGCCGCCGAUGAGAGCAUAAACGGCACAACAUCAACCGCCGGCGACAACAAGAAGAGGAAGAAGAGAUCAGAGAAAGUGGCGAUGAGAGAACGUAAUGAGGAUGAAGAUGAUGAGGUAGUGAUGGCGCCCAGAAGGGUGAGGAAAUAUAGGUCUCUUCAUAAUCUCUACAUGCUCACCAAACCUAUCACUAAUUUACACCAAUAAUAUUGUUUAACUUUGCGAUACAAAUUUAUGUGUAUUUGUAUAUACAUCCAUCAAGUUUAAUUUGGGUAUUAAUCAGAAUUAAUGGAAAACAAUUAUAUUAUUCUUAAACUUGGAAGCAAUUCA